AUGAGAGCAGUCGCGCAGGGCCCAUACACGAGAUCCCUUUGGGACGGGCAGGGACCGGAGAUCUGGCUCAGUGACAGACUAAUCGGCCAUGUCACGAGUGAGGUGCGGGACGCUCAAGUAUUAAUGUUCAACCCUUUUGUACCCGGUCGGCUGCAGCGCCCGACUCCGUGUCAAUCCCAUCUCGCCUCCGUAAAUGGGGGGGAAGUUCGUGUAGGCGGGACCAACGGGCGGGGCGCAGGGUGCCGAGGUGCCUCGCCGCGGCGCGCCCACCGGACUCAGUCGAGCCGCGGUCGCCUCUACGCCCGCGCGUCCACCGCACCGGACCGCCGAACAGUUACGAGCACUUACGAGCACGCGACGGUACCAAACCGAGUUACACCUGCGGCCGGGCCCGCGCCAAAGCAGCAAUCGCCCCGGAUAAUUGGCGUGAAGGGAGCAUACGACGCGCGGCCCCGCAAUUACCGGCACCUGUCGGACACGCCGCGCGUUAAUUCGCACGCAAAAAGCGCCGAAAUAAACUGGUACCGAUGCACCUGCGACGGUCCGCGGCCGGCGAUGAUUCGGUGCGCGCGC